UUAUUACUGUGCGCUUUGGCGCUGGCCGCGGCGGUGGCGGCGGCGGCCGCCGAGGGCGACGCCAAGGCCGGCGAGGGCAAGGCUUCCGAGGCCAAGGCAUCGGCGCCGGCGCCGGCGCCGGGGGCGGACGAGGAGAAGAAGAAGAAGGAAGAAGUGGCGAAGGCGCUGCCCGGCAAGGAGGCGCAGGACAAGUCGGACGCCCAGGCGCAGGCGUCCGCGCCCGACGACGACGAGAAGACCAAGCAGUACAAGCGCGGCCUCUUCGACCUGGGCCUGGGCUACGGCAGCGGCCUGGGCCUGGGCCUGGGCGCGGGCGCCCACGGCUUCGGAGGCGGCCUGUCCUUCGGCGGAGGCGGCGGCGGCCACGACUUCGGUUCCUAUGGCGGCGGCCACGACUUCGGCUCCUACGGCGGCGGCUUCGGCCACGGCCACCAACACGUCAAGACCAUCACGCUCACCCAGAAGGUGCCCGUGCCCGUGCCCAAGCCCUACCCGGUGCACGUGCCCGUCGAGAAGCCCUACCCGGUGCCGGUGGAGAAGCCGUACCCGGUGCACGUCAAGGUGCCCGUCGACCGUCCGUACCCGGUGCCGGUGGAGAAGCCUGUGCCCUACCCGGUCGAGAAGCGCGUGCCUUACCCCGUCAAGGUGCCCGUCGACCGCCCCGUGCCCGUGCCGGUGCCCGUCACCAAGCACGUGCCCGUUCCCUACGAGGUGAAGGUGCCCGUCCCGGCGCCCUACCCGGUGCACGUGGACAAGCCCUACCCAGUCGUAGUGGAGAAGAAGGUGCCCGUGCCGCAGCCGUACCCGGUGCACGUCAAGGUGCCCGUGCCGCAGCCGUACCCGGUGCACGUGAAGGUGCCCGUCCACGUGCCCGUCGACAAGCCCUACCCCGUCCACAUCAAAGUUCCCGUCGACAGACCCGUCCCCGUGCCCGUGCCCAAGCCUUACCCGGUACCGGUUGACAGGCCGUACCCAGUCCACAUCCCCAAGCCGUACCCCGUGACGGUCGAGAAGCACGUGCCGUACCCAGUCGAGAAACCAGUACCUUACCCCGUAGAGAAGCCGAAACCGGUGCCCUACCCAGUCAAAGUGCCCGUCGAGAAGCCGUACCCGGUGACCGUGGAGAAGCCCGUGCCGUACCCGGUGAAAGUCCCGGUGCCCAUCCCAGUGAAGGAACAUCACCACGGCGGAGACGGCGGCUACGGAGGCGGUGACUUCGGCGGUGGCCACGACUUCGGUGGCCACCACUUCUAGAACCACACACCCCUGGUUCAACCACCACCC